AUGUACAUAUGUAAAAAUGUAAAUGUGCAGAGAUGCAGGAUGCAGGCGCAGGCAUAUUUCUUACAUCUGUGUAGUAUACACACUACAUAUGUAGACAAAUAUGCCGGUUAAGUGACAACGUUGAGAAAUAUAUUAAUAUUACAUAGAAGCAAUGCACAAAAUCGCUAAUUAUUUAUCACGAGACAAGUAAAGUUUGUUCUUUACAGAGAGAACAAAUUAAUUAAUUAACAUACAGCAAACUUUAACACAUAUCGUGAAUCUGUACAUAACCUAUGCUGUUUAUGAAAUACAUUGAAGAAGCUUACAGAAGAAUUUAUGAGAAUAUAUUAAAAGCUAUAUAUUUGUUCCAAAUAAAUCUAUAAUACAAUAUAAUGAAAUUUUUGACAAGUGUAUUUGGUAUUUAAUCAAUCUUAGUGAAGCUUUGCUCGGUCAAGAUGCCUACAGUUAUAGCAUUAGACGUGUCCUUGUCGAUGAGAAGACCUGUAUUAACAAACGGGACGAAUGAUAAUUUGCAAAAUGAGCCAUUGACUCGACACCAUUUAGCGGUGCAUGGUAUAAACGCUUUGUUGCAUUACUUGCAAGUUAAUUCGAAGCUGGAAUUUGUGUCAUUGAUUGUAUUUUCAUCAUUGUAUGAAGUGGUUUGUCCUUUUACACGUGACUAUGACAGCAUACGUUCAAAGCUACAAACUAUCGAGGAAUGGGACAAGACAUGUAUCGAAGGUGCGCUGCAUGGUGUCAACAAUGUAAUUAUGGCAGAAUGGGGCAAUGCUACUGCUUGCCAAGUGAUUCUAAUUACAGAUGGCAAUCCUGGCAUAGGACUAAUGUCCCUGGGCGACUCUUUGAAUACUUUAAAUGUUACACGAGAUAUGAAUCCCUUUCCAUUACCUUUUCCAUAUCCAGGAAAAUUAAGUAUAGUGUGCAUUGGAUCGCAACAGGAUCCUAGUUUACAAGCUGGUUUACCUCUCUAUCAACGUUUAGUUGAUUUAGCUGGUGGUGACAGUAUUGUUCUGGUUCCAGAAUCACCACUUAGUAAAUAUUCUGUUGCUGCUUGUUUCCAGAAACUGGCUGAAGCAAAUUAUGUUUCCUUUCAAGGAUAUUUAAAGUAUGGCCAUUUAGGCUCUCGUAUCUUAUUAUCACCAGCUCCUAUGCCUUAUACAAAGAAGACAGAUUUUGAAUUAGUUCCUGGUCUAGUAAUAUCAAAAACUAUAGAAAUAUGUGGCUUUAUAUCUGUAGGGGAUGUCGGUAGUCCAAGUUCUAUUUCUAGACAUUUGGUAUUACCAUUGGCAACAGAAAAAACUUCAAAUAUGCAAGGUAUAUCGUUAGAAGAAGAUUCAGAUACUGAUGAAAAUGGAGACGAAGGAAAAAUGCCAUCUUUUUGUGUAUUGCUUCAUGGAGCAUUGAAGGUAGAGAAUAUGGCCGCCCUCUGUUUAUUGAACAAUGAAUGGUAUGGAUUUAUAUAUUCUUGGGCAGACACUAAGAAGAAGUCUAACUUAAUGUUAACAGUAUUAGAACCAGGAUCCGAUGUUGUACCAUGGUUAGGUAAUUUCAACAAUUUAGGCCCAUUAGAUACAGCUAAAGAUUCUCCAGUCAGUUUUCCAGUGAGACCAGCUGAAAAAAGAAGUUAUACACAAAAUGCUCCUUCGUGGAUACGCCAGGUCGGCUUACAAUCUGAUAUUCAGAAAAUAUUAAGACACGCGAGAAAAUUACCAGAGAAGACACAAAAUUUUUAUAAGGAGGUAAACAGAUUACGGCGUGCAGCAGCAUCAAUAGGUUUUAUUGAAUUAUUAGAAGGAUUAGCUUGUAUUUUAGAGCGAGAAUGCACAUUGUUACCGCCAAAUCUGAAUCCAGAUUGUACAAUUCAAAUGGGACAUGUUGCAUUAAUGAUCAGAAAACCAGAAUUCCUUGAACUCAGAUAUAAUAUUCCACCUGCACGGACAAAAUUUCAAUCUGGAUCAUGAGUUGAAAUAUACAACUGGUGUGUUAUUAUAUUUAAUUCGAACACAUUAGACACAUUUAUAUAACAAAAA